UCAGCUUGUCCUGUCUUGUAGAUGCCGGAAGCUGUGCAAACUCAAGACCAACCAAUGGAGGAAGAGGUGGAGACAUUCGCUUUCCAAGCUGAGAUUGCUCAGUUGAUGUCUCUGAUCAUCAACACCUUCUACUCCAAUAAGGAAAUUUUCCUGAGGGAGCUGAUCUCCAAUUCAUCAGAUGCUCUGGACAAGAUAAGAUAUGAGAGCCUGACUGACCCAAGCAAACUAGAUUCUGGAAAAGACCUGAAAAUAAACUUGAUCCCAAACAAGCAUGAUCGCACUCUGACGAUUGUUGAUACAGGCAUUGGGAUGACCAAAGCUGACUUGGUCAACAACCUUGGUACAAUUGCAAAGUCUGGUACCAAGGCGUUCAUGGAAGCACUGCAGGCAGGGGCUGAUAUAUCUAUGAUUGGUCAGUUUGGUGUUGGCUUCUAUUCUGCCUACCUGGUCGCAGAAAAAGUGACAGUGAUCACCAAGCACAAUGAUGAUGAGCAGUAUGCGUGGGAGUCAUCAGCUGGAGGAUCUUUCACUGUCAGGCUUGAUAAUGGUGAACCUUUGGGCCGUGGGACAAAAGUCAUUUUGCAUCUGAAAGAAGAUCAGACUGAAUACCUGGAAGAACGGCGAAUCAAAGAAAUUGUGAAGAAGCAUUCACAGUUCAUCGGCUAUCCUAUUACACUGUUUGUGGAGAAGGAACGUGACAAGGAAGUCAGUGAUGAUGAGGCUGAGGAAAAGGAAGAAGAAAAAGAAGAGAAGGAGGAAAAGACAGAGGAUAAACCAGAGAUAGAGGAUGUUGGUUCUGAUGAAGAAGAAGAAAAGAAGGAUGGAGACAAGAAAAAGAAAAAGAAGAUCAAGGAGAAGUACAUUGACCAUGAAGAGCUGAACAAAACCAAGCCCAUUUGGACCAGGAACCCAGAUGACAUAACCAAUGAAGAAUAUGGGGAAUUCUACAAGAGUCUUACAAAUGACUGGGAAGACCACUUGGCUGUCAAACACUUCUCUGUGGAAGGGCAGCUGGAAUUCAGAGCUCUCCUCUUUGUCCCACGGCGUGCACCUUUUGAUCUGUUUGAAAACAGGAAGAAGAAGAAUAACAUCAAGCUGUAUGUACGCCGAGUUUUCAUCAUGGAUAACUGUGAGGAGCUGAUCCCUGAAUAUUUGAAUUUCAUGAGAGGUGUGGUGGACUCUGAGGAUUUACCUCUGAAUAUUUCUCGUGAAAUGCUGCAGCAGAGCAAGAUCCUCAAAGUGAUCCGGAAGAACUUGGUGAAGAAGUGUUUAGAACUCUUCACUGAGUUGGCUGAGGACAAGGAGAAUUACAAGAAGUUCUAUGAGCAGUUCUCCAAGAAUAUCAAGCUUGGUAUACAUGAAGACUCCCAAAACCGCAAAAAGCUGUCAGAAUUGCUGAGGUAUUACACAUCUGCAUCUGGUGAUGAAAUGGUGUCUCUGAAGGACUACUGCACUCGGAUGAAGGAAAACCAGAAACAUGUCUACUACAUCACUGGUGAGACAAAAGAUCAGGUGGCUAACUCUGCUUUUGUGGAGCGUCUUCGCAAGCAUGGCCUGGAAGUGAUCUACAUGAUUGAACCUAUUGAUGAGUACUGUGUGCAGCAGCUGAAGGAAUUCGAAGGCAAGACCCUUGUUUCUGUGACAAAGGAGGGUUUGGAGCUUCCAGAGGAUGAGGAGGAGAAAAAGAAGCAGGAGGAGAAGAAAGCCAAGUUCGAAAACCUCUGCAAAAUAAUGAAAGACAUACUUGAAAAGAAAGUAGAAAAGGUGGUUGUGUCCAACCGUUUAGUUACUUCUCCAUGUUGUAUUGUAACAAGUACAUAUGGCUGGACUGCCAACAUGGAGAGGAUCAUGAAAGCACAGGCCUUACGAGACAACUCCACAAUGGGAUACAUGGCAGCAAAGAAGCACCUGGAGAUUAAUCCUGAUCAUUCCAUUAUUGAAACUCUGAGGCAAAAGGCAGAGGCUGAUAAGAAUGACAAGUCUGUGAAGGAUCUUGUCAUCUUACUGUAUGAGACAGCGCUGCUGUCCUCUGGCUUCAGCUUAGAAGAUCCUCAGACACAUGCUAACCGUAUUUACAGGAUGAUUAAACUUGGUCUGGGCAUUGAUGAAGAUGAUACUGCUGCAGAAGAAGCUAGUCCAGCAGUUACUGAGGAGAUGCCACCUCUUGAAGGAGAUGAUGACACAUCACGCAUGGAGGAGGUGGAUUAAACGAGUUCGCAAGAAGUCAUGAAUGUUUCGUUGGCUAAUAACGAAUAAGUUAUAUUUUGUAUAUUAUGAAUGUUACCUGCCAAAAAAAAAUCUUAGACACUUUGUCUGCAUUCCCUCAUAUUUAUUUUCAAAGAUGUUAUACCUUUAUUUUUGUUACAUUGCUUUUUCAGCUGAUGUGAGAUACAAAUGCCAUUGAGGGAAUAUUUUCUUUUAACACUGUACAACCCUAAACAGGCAAGUAAGGAGUAAUUUUUGUCUCUAUUAGCUGGCUGCAGGUGGCAGGGUUUUUGACUUAUUCUUAAUUGCCAGAAAUGUGGGAAAGAG